CCACGCCCACGUACUAUCACGCACCACUUGCUUCGUCCAGAAGAAAGAGGGCCUCGAGACCCCCGCUCCUUCCUGAUGCACGCAACGUCUCAUCCCCUUCCCAAAAAUUUCGCUCCAUCUGGCGAUGCGCCCGCCGCUGCCCCCGUGCUUCUUUUCUCUCCUCUCCUUCAAGCGGAUCGGCUGAUGAGGCGCCGAGGUGGCGGAGCCGUGGAGGCGAGGUCGCAUGGGGAACAAGAUGUCGUUGAUAAAGGCGGCGCUGGCCUUCUUCCCAUUGGAGCCGGCGUCGUACGAGAUGGCAGCGGCCGAGGGGGUGAAGGUGGUGGAAUUUGAGGAGCAGCAAGCCAGGAGGUCUGACCCUCCCCUCAGCGACGGCUGGGUCAGGGUGGGGGCAGAAGCCCGUGGCGAGUUGGGCACCUGUAGGCGGAAGCAGCAGGGUUGGUGGAGGGGCGGAUGCGGACGGGCGGCAGUUGAGGGAGGAUGGCCGGCCGGAGCGAUAGGAGCAGUUCGGGAAUCCCAUCGCAUGAGGCUGCGCUCGUUUGUUUUUCUUUCGUUUGUUCCUGUCAUCCCCGCCCCUUGCGCCAGAGAGACGAACGAGGAGGUCGAAUAGUGCGUAGCGUCAUCUCUAUCGUCCUUAUCCAAUUACAAGCUCCUCUACCAGGUUGAGUUUGCUGACCGCCAUGGGUCAUGAGUGUGGCCACGAUGAAUCACAUGAGCAAGUUCAACUUCUCCAUGACUACAUCCAUCAGUUUUCCGGCUACUUUGCAUUCUUCAGAUAUGCAGUUUUGUUUUAUAUCU